AUGUGGGGCGAUGCUGACUGGAUCCCUGGACAGCUCAUCGAAAAAGGAGAUGUACACUACCUCAUGGGUGACUACCUGGCGGAGACAACAAUGGCUAUCAUGGCACGACAGCGGGCCAAGGAUCCAAAGGCGGGAUUCGCCCGCGACUUCCUCUUCGUGAUUGGGAAGCAUGCCCAUGCACUGAAGAAGAAGGGGAUCAAGGUGGUGUGCAAUGCUGGUGGGAUGAACCCCUUGGGCUGCCGAGAUAUGUUGCAGAUGGCCUGCGCCAAGGUGAACCAACCUCUGAAGAUCGGCUGCGUGUUGGGAGAUGAGGUGACCUCUCGGAUUCCUGAGUUCCGAGAGCGUGGCCUUUGUGAGAUGUUCACCGGAGAGAAGAUUCCUGAGAAGGAUUGUCCCAGUGCCAAUGCAUAUUUUGGUGCUCUCCCGAUAGCUGCAGCGUUGGCCGAAGGUUGUGAUGUGGUGGUGACUGGCCGAGUCGUGGACAGUGCUCUUGCGCUGGGCAUCCUCAUGCAUGAGUUCGGCCGCUUUGGCCUCUAUGGAGCGGAGAGAUGGCGCUGGGAUCGAGCGGAGGCAUUUGAAGUAAAGGGCCCUGCCUCGCGGCCAGGCCAAGCCAGCGAAGAGGUGAGCUUUGGCAGCGUGGCGGAGCAGCUCUUGUACGAGAUUGGGGAUCCGGGCGCCUACCUGGUGCCGGACGUAGCUUGUGACUUCACGCAGGUCAAGAUCGAAGAGGUGUGCUGCACCAUACCUGAUGGCUUUGCCAGCGUUAUUCCGUUGCUGAUCGCAGGGCAUGAUGCGGCUGCGAAAGCCCGGCGGACCUUCGAGACAGUCUUGGCCAGAACGAGAAGAAAGUUGAAAGGUUUGAAGUUGGAAGACUUCCUUGAGACCCGCUUUGAGGCGCUGGGUGCUGGCCACUUUGACCCCAACGCUCGCGAGGAGGACGCGACCGAGGUGGUGGGGAAGAUUGGCUUGAAACACAACGACAAGAAAGCCAUUGCGCUUUUCCUCCGGGAGCUGCCAAGCAGCGGGGUCUCCAUGGCGCAGGGCACCACCGGCUUCGGGGCCACGGGCUUUGGUGGCAAGAUCUCUGAUGUGCUCCGGGUCUUCUCCUUGACAGUCCCCAAGACAGAGGUUGACUGUGAGGUCUGUGUAGACGAGAAGCGCUUUAUGGUGCCCGUGCCGACAGAGGGCGGUUUCCCAGGCAGUGCCAGCCGAUCUGUGGAAGCUGUUCCAGCCCAAAUGCCUGCCGGUCCCAUGGUAGCGGUUCCCCUCCGCUUCUUAGCCUGGGCUCGCAGCGGCGACAAGGGGAACAUGGCCAAUGUGGGGCUUAUUGCAAGGAAGCCAGAGUACUUGCCCAUAUUGAGACACCAGGUCACUACAGAGCGGGUGAAGGCUUACUUCUCCAGACGAGUGGAAGGAGACUGCCAACGGUUUGACCUUCCAGGGAUCGGUGCAAUGAAUUUCGUCAUGGAGGCUGCGCUGGGGGGCGGUGGUAUGUGCUCACUACACAGCGAUCCCCUCGCAAAGACCUUUGGUCAAAUCUUGCUCCUCAUGAAGGUGGAUGUACCAGCAGCUUGGAAGCUACACGAGCAGGGGCCAGUUGGGCCUCUGGCACGACUUUAA